GCCGGCGCGCGCUCUCGCAGUCUCCGCCGCCCACCAGCUCCUGCACCCGCAGCAGCGCCGCCGCCGCCGCCGCCGCCGCCCACCUUCUGCCGCCCCUGCCGCCGCCGCCACAGCCACUUUCUCCUCCACUGUUUUCCUCGACUGUCCUCGCCCUCUGUCAACCAUCAGGUGGGCCUUGAACCAGGAUGGCUGAGCCCCGCCAGGACUUCAAUGCCGUGGAAGAUCACGCUGGGAUGUACGGGAUGGGCGAGAGGAAAGAUCUCCCCGCCCAGGGGGGCUACACCCUGCUGCAGGACCACGUAGGGGACGCCGACCACGGCCUCAAAGAAUCUCCCCUGCAGACCCCCGCCGAUGAUGGAUCUGCGGAGCCCGGCUCUGACACCUCUGAUGCUAAGAGCACUCCGACAGCCGAAGGUGAUUCUCGGUGGUUUCCAGACGUGACAGCACCCUUAGUGGAUGAGGGAGCCCCCGGUGAGCAGGCGGCCACUCAGCCCCACACGGAGAUCCCAGAAGGAACCACAGCUGAAGAAGCGGGCAUUGGCGAUACCCCCAACCUGGAAGACCAAGCCGCUGGACAUGUGACCCAAGCGGAGCUGCGUGUCCCAGGCCCACAGAGGGAGGCACCUGGGAGGACCCUGGCCAGUGACGCCAGCCCUCAGGGCCAGCCUGGACGUGGUGAAGCACCUGGGGGUUCCCUGCUGCCCCGGGGGGAGAAAGGGCUGGAAGCCCCCGUUCUGGUGACCAGCUGCCAACCGCCCCCUCCAAUGAGAGAGCCUCAGGAGUCCCCCCAGGAAUGGGUACCAAAAAGAGGGGGUGAGGCCCAGGAGGGGCUGACCUCUCCCAUGCCCCCCUCCCCCGGAUAUCUCCAAAUGGACUCCGAGGACAGCAAGAGUGUCCAGGGGACCUUCCUCCAGGGGCUGGGGCUCCAUGGAGGGGAGACCGUAGAUCUGAGGACCCUGGGUCCUACCCACCAGCACGCGUCCGACCUGCCUGGGGUGCCCAUCCUGCCCGAAGGCUCCAGAGAGGCCUCCCACCGACCUCGGGGGGCAGAACCUGAGGACGCAGAGGGAAGCCGCCGCAGCGCCGAGCUGCCCGAAGGCCAGAGUCUGCGAGGCCUGCACGAGGGUGGGCUGCCCCUACAGGGGGACCAGGACAAAGAGAGGUUGGGAGAUGAGGAGGUCGACCAAGACCGAGACAUCGAUGAGUCCUCACCCCAGGACUCCCCUCCCUCCCAAGUCUCCCCAAGUCUUCAGAGCUCCCCAAACCAAGAUGGGAUGUCCCCCCAGACAUUUCCCAGGGAGGCCACCCUAGUCCCAGAGCCGGAAGAGCCGGGAGCAGGGCCCACAGACGAAGAGCAGGAAGCACCCCCCAAGUUCAAGUUCCACGUGGAAAUCAAAGCGAACACACAGAGGGACCUGAAGGGACACGCAGAGGUGGAUUUGGAAGGGGCUGCCCUGCCGGGGGGCCCUGGAGAGGAACAGGAGCCCCAGGGCCUGCCUGUGGGAGAGGACACAAAAAAGCCUGAGUUUCCGAAAUCGCCUGAAAAGCAGCCUGCAGCUGGUCUGCCAGGAAAGCCCGCCAGCCGCGUCCCGCAACUCAAAGCUCGCAUGGUCAGCAAAGGCAAAGACGGGACUGUCAACGAUGACAGAAAGAACAAGGGGUCGGAUAAUAAAACCGGAUCAAAGAUCGCCACCCCCCGGGGAGCGGCACCUCCCGGCCAGAAAGGCGCAGCCAACGCCACCAGGAUUCCAGCCAAAACCACCCCCAGCCCCAAGACCCCGCCGGGCACAGCUACCAAGCAGGUGCAGAGGAAGCCACCCCCUGUGGGGGCCAAGUCGGAGAGAGGUGAGUCUGGGAAGUCGGGGGAUCGCAGCGGCUACAGCAGCCCCGGGUCUCCGGGCACCCCCGGCAGCCGCUCCCGCACCCCGUCCCUGCCGACCCCGCCCACCCGGGAGCCCAAGAAGGUGGCGGUGGUCCGCACGCCCCCCAAGUCGCCGUCUUCGGCCAAGAGCCGCCUGCAGACCGCGCCCGUGCCCAUGCCGGACCUGAAGAACGUCAGGUCCAAGAUCGGCUCCACUGAAAACCUGAAGCACCAGCCCGGCGGCGGCAAGGUGCAGAUAAUUAAUAAGAAGCUGGAUCUUAGCAACGUCCAGUCCAAGUGUGGCUCAAAGGAUAAUAUCAAACACGUGCCUGGAGGUGGCAGUGUGCAAAUAGUCUACAAACCCGUGGACCUGAGCAAGGUGACCUCUAAGUGUGGCUCCCUGGGCAACAUCCACCAUAAGCCAGGAGGCGGCCAGGUGGAGGUGAAAUCUGAGAAGCUGGACUUCAAGGACAGAGUCCAGUCCAAGAUCGGGUCCCUGGAUAACAUCACUCAUGUCCCUGGCGGAGGGAACAAGAAGAUCGAAACCCACAAGCUGACCUUCCGCGAGAACGCCAAAGCCAAGACGGACCACGGGGCGGAGAUCGUGUACAAGUCGCCCGUGGUGUCGGGGGACACGUCCCCGCGGCACCUCAGCAACGUGUCCUCCACGGGCAGCAUCGACAUGGUAGACUCGCCCCAGCUCGCCACCCUCGCCGACGAGGUGUCUGCCUCCCUGGCCAAGCAGGGUUUGUGAUCAGGCCCCCGGCGGUCACUAAUCGUGGAGAGAAGAGUGAGAGUGUGGGAAAAAAGAAUGAUGACCUGGCCCUUCGCCCUCUGCCCUCCCUCAGCUGCUCCUCACAGGUCUGGUCACCGGUUAGUCACUUAACCUGCUUUUGUGCUCGGCUUUGGCUCGGGACUUCAAAAUCAGUGAUGGGAAUAAGAGCAAAAAUUCCAGCUUUCCAAAUUGAUGGGUGGGCUCCGCAGAAUAAAAUAUUUUUAAAAAACGUCUGAAAAGGUGGCCACACCCAACCUUUCCUUGGGCAAUGAGUUUGGAUUCUUCCCCCCCCCCCUCUGAGAAGAGGGAGGAGGAGAGGCUCUGAAAACUGAUUCUGGGGAAUUUCAAGGGACUGGGGGGCCCCUCCUCUGGCCCCACCCUGGGGUGUCACAGAGACAGCGGCAGCAACAAAGGAUUUGAAACUUGGUGGUCAGGAGCCACCUGGCGGGAGGGCAGUGUCGGGGAGCGGGGAGGCGGGGCAGGGGCGCGCGGGGGCGGGAGAGUGCGGUUGAGUCAGCGCGGACCUGCUCCCUGCCCGCGAGGGGGUGCAGGGCCAGGGCCGCAGCCACCAACCCCCGCAGCACUCCUGGACAGACGAGCGGCCCAGCAGCCCACUGCGCCCCGUGGGCACCUGGCUCCAGGCCCGCCCACGCCGCGCCGGCCAGCCAGAGGGUGGCCCCCGUGGACUCCGUCCCCAGAGAAGUCUGACCUUGACGUCCUGAGCGCUGGCCUCUUCCUCCCUCCCUGCAGGGAGGGGAUGAUGGGCCCUGGGGCCUCCCUCUGCCCCAUGGAAACCAGAAAGCCGGUUUUGUUGAGUUCUGAAGGUUGGAACUGCAGCCACGAUUUUGGCCACCUCACGGAUCUGGGACUUUAGGGCUAACCAGUUCUCUUUGUAAGGACUUGUGCCUCUUGGGGGACAUCCGCCUGUUCCCAAGCCUGGGCCCCAGCAUCUCUGGAGCGCUCGGGGUCCGGGAGGUGGGUCCUGAGCCUCCACCCCUCCCACGGCCACUGCAGCCCCCGCCUGCCCCGCCAUGCCUGUGUGUCUGCCGUGCGGAGCUCAUCACUGCCUGUACCCUCAUGACGUCACACUGUCCCAGUACCCAGCCUCACCACCCUGUUCUCAGCAGGGGACAUUGUUACUCUAAGGGGCGACAGGAAAGCAGGGAAAGCCCAGCACAAGGUGGGCGCUCUGCUUCACUCGUCCAAGCAGCACGUCCUUCACAAUGAACAAAGCUGAUGACUUGACUGGGUUCCCUGCCCCACCUCCCAGGGCGGGGCUCAGCGAGCACCCCUCGUCUGGGCCUUGCUGACUGGGUGCGCCUUCCUCCCCACCCCAGAGGGCCGGGUCCCCUUCUCCAGUCAGCUGGCAACAGGUGGGACUUCCUGACUGCUGGAGCCGGCCCGGCCUGGGCAGGCCAGGCCCUCGGGCUGGACCACGCUCCUCUCCCCAGUUGCAGCCCAGUUCGAGACAGCCAGCCUCUCAGCCCA